CACCAAUCAUCAACACUUUGUUCUCCCUCUAUUCAGUCAAAUCAUCAAUUGUGCUGAGACGAUGGUGGUGGCGGAAAAUGACCGCAAUGCGGUGGUAGUCAUUAGGGAAUUCAACCCGAAAACCGACCGUGAGAGAGUCGAACAGGUGGAGAGAAGCUGUGAGGUGGGCCCGAGCGGCGAAUACUCGCUCCACGCGGACCUCUUAGGUGACCCUGUUUGUAGAGUUCGCAACUCCCCUGCGUAUCUCAUGCUGGUCGCGGAGAUGGUAGUGAUCGCGGACGGAGAGGAGACGAGAGAUAUCGUGGGGAUGAUACGGGGUUGCAUCAAAACCGUUACGUGUGGUAGAAAACUAAGCCGGAAAACUAACCAUCCGCCUGAACCCCGCCCCGUCUUUACUAAACUCGCCUACAUCCUAGGCCUCCGCGUCUCCCCUACUCACCGGAGGAUGAAAAUAGGAUUAAAACUGGUUUGUAGAAUGGAAGAUUGGUUUAGAGACAAGGGUGCUGAAUAUUCGUACAUAGCAACUGACGCAACUAACAAACCGUCCGUUAAUCUCUUCACCGGAAAAUGCGGAUACUCAAAGUUCCGCAACCCGUCUGUUCUCGUACACCCGGUGUUUGCACACCGGCUUCACAUCAACCAACAAGUAACCAUCAUUAAACUGUCAUGUACCGAUGCCGAGGUCAUCUACCGUCACACAUUUUCGACCACUGAGUUCUUCCCACGUGACAUUGACUCGGUACUAAAAAACAACCUUAACCUUGGCACGUUCCUAGCAAUACCAAAAGAUUGCACACAUGCCGUUUCAUGGGUCGGGUCGGAAUGGUUCCUUUCGUACCCACCCGACUCGUGGGCUAUCAUGAGUGUGUGGAAUUGUAACGACGUGUUUAAGUUAGAAGUUAAAGGGGCGUCGUGGUUGAAAAAGGGGUUUGUGAAAACAACUAGGGUUUUGGAUCAGGUAUUCCCUUUUUUGAAUUUGCCUUCAUUGCCCCAGAUUUUUAACCCGUUUGGGCUCCAUUUGUUAUACGGGCUAGGUGGGGUCGGCCCGGCUUAUUUGAAGUUGGCUAGGGCCUUGUUUGGUUACGCUCACAACUUGGCCAAGAAGCGCAAGUGUGGUGUGGUGGCGACCGAGGUGUCAAGUGAGGAUCCGCUUAAGUCCGCGAUCCCGCAUUGGAAAGUAUUGUCGUUCAAUGAUUUAUGGUGUAUUAAGAGGCUUGAUGAGGACUAUAGCGAAGGGUAUAUUGGGGAUUGGAGAAAGUCACAACCCGAUAUAUCCUUUUUCCUUGAUCCUAGAGAAUUUUGAAAAGUUGGAACUUUGUAGCAAAGUUUUAGACUUUUAGUGUUUUGUUUAGUAUGUAAUGGAUGGAUGGGAAUGGAAGAAAAAUGUGAUUGGAAGGGGUAUAUAUCCCAAAUGGGACCCAUGUAUGUAUUUUCUUUUAUCUUUUAUUGUGAAAUGUAAAUAAAAUGUGAUGCUUUUUCA